CAUUUGGGUAUUUUACAGCACUGCGCAUCACGAAGUAAAAAUCAUAUGAUCGAUUUGUGGUAGUGAAAAUUUCAGACGACGGGCAGAAGGCACACACACUGCAAGCACGGUAGUACGUGAAUUCCUUCGGAACUAUUGAAUUUCUAUUUCGAUUUUGUGGCAAGUGAGAAAAAUCAGUCAAGAUGGCUUUGAGCGAUGCUGAUGUACAAAAACAGAUCAACCAUAUGAUGGCAUUCAUUGAGCAAGAGGCCAAUGAGAAAGCGGAAGAGAUUGAUGCCAAAGCCGAGGAAGAAUUCAAUAUCGAGAAGGGACGUCUUGUCCAGCAACAGCGUCUCAAGAUAAUGGAGUACUACGAGAAGAAGGAGAAGCAGGUUGAGCUGCAAAAGAAAAUCCAAUCCUCAAAUAUGCUCAACCAAGCCCGCUUGAAGGUGCUCAAAGUGCGUGAGGAUCACGUAAGCAGUGUGCUCGAUGAUGCACGCAAACGUCUCGGUGAAGUCACCAAGAACGAGAGCGAAUACAAGGCUGUGCUAAGCAAACUGAUUGUGCAGGGCCUGUAUCAGGUGAUGGAACCUAAAGUAAUCCUACGCUGCCGUCAAGUUGAUGUACCCCUCGUCCGGGAUGUAAUCCCAACAUCUGCUGAGCAGUACAAAGCCGCAAUGAAACAGGACGUUGAAAUUGUUAUUGAUGAGAAAGAUUUUCUGCCAGCCGAUACCUGCGGCGGUGUUGAGCUGUUUGCCUUGAACGGACGCAUCAAGGUGCCAAAUACUCUGGAGUCCAGAUUAGCAUUGAUUUCGCAGCAACUUGUGCCAGAGAUCCGCAACGCCCUGUUCGGCCGCAACGUCAAUCGCAAAUUCACUGACUAAAAUUCUUCUUUAAGUGUAAAAAAACAGUAAAAGAAAAGAAAACAAUACCAACAAAAAAGUUCAAGCUUAUAAUACCAACAAUAAUAACAACCACAAAAGAG